CAUGUGUUAAUGCAUGCUUAUCUCUCUAUUUUAAGUUAAUCAACUAUUUGGAAUCUGUUGAUCAACCCUCUAUUUGGUGUCUAAAUGGAGCGAAAUGGUGGGAGUAAACACUUGGUGAUUUCUUGCCAUCAGCCGAAACAUUGGGAUCACCAGUUGUGGUGAAAUUUUAAGGGCAAAAGAAUCGAUUUUUAGUAUGGUAAAAAGGGCUCUCCAGUUGUGGUGAAAUUUUAAGGGCAAAAGAAUCGAUUUUUUGUAUGCUAAAAAGUUUUGCAUGACAGGUUAUUCUUCUCUGACCAGACAUUAAUCACAAGAUUGUACUUGACAUCAUGGUUCAAAGGAGUAUGUCAUACAGUAAUCACAUAAUUGAUCUGGGAGCAGAUCAGCAGAGUCAUGCAUAUAUCCAUCCAGAGCCUUGUGUGUCGUAUGGGAGCUUUACAGCUUUUCCACAUCCAAAUGUCCACCACACUGUAGUACCAGCUGCAGGUAACAUUGGAAAUUUCUAUUUGCACCAUCUACCAAACCAUCAAGAGGGCGCUGUAAUUUAUGGGAUGCCACUGUCCAAUGGGGUUCAACAGCCGCAUCCUGCUACCAAUGUUGCAGCAUUUGCAACAUCAUCAAAUAACUAUAACCCUUAUGUGGCUGCUCCAUUACAUAAAUCAUGGGCCUGGAAUCAGGCUGCUCCUUUAACCUAUCUGCCUGGUGGUACCGGAGGCUAUGUAGAUGCUGGAAACAUGGGUGUGCAAGGUUAUCAAGUAGCUGCCAGCAAUGGAGGUUUGACUAGUUUUGUGCAUGCACCGGUUCCUCAAGGACCACCACACCAUCAUCAUCUGCCGCCUAAUAUGCAAUAUAUGGGAGGGCGCACUAUGAGCUUCUCUCCACAGAUGACAGCAUCUUCACGCGUCGACCUACGGAAUAGUUCGUCUGAUAGCACUAAUAAUCCAUUGCAGGGUGUUGUAGAGGGCGGGUCUAGAUAUAUCGGACCUUUCCCACCAACUGGCUUUAGGUUGUACAGACCUCAUCCAAGAGAAUUCAUGCUUGAAGCAAAUACUCAACACCGCAGCCUCCCUAACAUGAGAGUUUUGCCAGAAAAUAGGGUGGCAAUGCUGGGUGUUCCAGGUUACCAUGAAGUGGGUGAUGAUGUUGAUCAGCACAGAGAUAUGCGUUUGGACAUAGAUCACAUGUCUUAUGAGGAGCUUCUUGCAUUGGGGGAGCAAAUUGGCAACGUGACAACUGGUUUAUCAGAGGAAGCUAUUGUUACCAAUUUGAAAACGAGAAUAUUCUUGUCUACCGAGACUCCUUGCACUCUGGAAAGUGUUGCAUGUGAAGAUCACAAAACUGAUUUCUGCGUCAUAUGCCAGACUGAUUACGGCGACCAAGAAAAGAUUGGCAUUCUUGAGUGCGGGCAUGAAUAUCAUGAAGAGUGCGUAAAGAAAUGGUUGGUUGUGAAGAAUAUUUGCCCUAUCUGCAAAUCCACAGCAUUGUCUACAAAGAAACAGGACUUGUGAAUACCGGGAGGCGGUAGAUGACGGGUCAACGAAUAAUUAGAAUAGAGCAGGCAUUUUGUUCUCUCUCGUUAAAUGUUUAUUCUCCGAUGAGGGAAAUGUUCCUGAAACUGUAGUAUAAAUUUUGUACAUACUUUGUGCCGUAGUCCAGCUCUCCAAAAACUUUUACUUGUUGACCUCGUCUGUGGAGCUAAAGUUGUACAGACUUGUAAUUUGGUUCUGUUGUAUAGAUAUUCUGUUUCAUCAUAGCUACUUUUGUUUCA